AUGCCUGGCCCCAGAAAUGCUGCACGCCGACCACGCACACAAUUCAACUCCGAGCAGCUCGGGGUCCUGAAAGCUGUCUUCGAGAAGACCCCGUGCCCUGACUGGGACACCCUAGAGAGCCUGGCAAAGGAGCUGAAGCUGGACACGACUGUUGUCAAGGUCCCGUAUACACGGAACGUGUCCUUGUGCAUCGGUUCUUCAGUGACCAUCAGAGGGGCACCUGCCAAUUGUUUCAGAAAGGAUCCACAGCUGCAGGUGGAUUUCCACACGGGCACCAGUGAGAAGUCUGACAUCGCCUUCCAUUUUCGAGUGUACUUUGGCCAUUGUGUGGUCAUGAACAGCCUUCGGUGUGGGGGCUGGGAUUGCGAGGUGAAAUCCUCUUACAUGCCCUUCACGGAGUGUAGACAGUUUGAACUGUGCAUCAUGGUGCUGCACAAUGAGUACCAGGUCGUGAUAAACGGCCAGCACUGUUACAGCUUUGCCCACCGAGUCCACCCAGCAUCUGUGAAGAUGAUUCAGGUGUGGAGAGACGUCGCCCUGACCUCGGUGGAAGUCUGCUAGAGGACAGGGGUUUCCGGUACCCCGUGAUCCAGGAGCCCCCCUCUCUCCUUAUGACCCAUGAAUUCCCAAAACCAACACAAUGGCUCCUCCUCAUCGCCUUAGCUAUACUUGCUCAUUAAAACAUCAU